GCGCAGACACGCACCAACCUCCACCUCGACCCGCUCGCGCCAUCAUGUCCAACGCCCUCCCAGCCAUCGGCGCGCACUGCGCACUCUCGUCCUGCAAUCUCAACGACUUUCUCCCCAUCCGCUGUGCUUGCGAUCGCCUGUUCUGCAGAGACCACGUCGCCCCAGACCGCCAUGGCUGCCCAGUCGCGGCUGAGCGUAUGGCGUCCGUUGGUGAGGCGCGAACGACGCUCGCACGCGAAAAGUGUGCCAAAGAUGGGUGCGGGAGGCCGAGCUUGGACAGUGCAGUGCGCGACGAAGAGGGACGAGGGCAGGAGAGCAGGACACCAGCGGUGUGUGGGAGAUGCGGCAGGUGUUUCUGCGCGUACCACAGAGACCCAUCGUCGCACUCGUGCAGCCCUAUAACACCCAAUCCACCGCCAAAGAACCAGGCCGCACGCGAUCUCCUCGUAAAGAACUUCCCUACCACUUCUUCUUCCGCGUCGAAGCCUGCUGCACGCGCAAAGAAACCAGUGAACAAGCAGAAUGCUCUCAUGCAGAUGCGCCGUCGUGCCCAACCCGCGGACCCGAAGGACGACAGGCCGAGCGUGAACGUGCCCGUUGGCGAGCGACUGCAUGUCGAGGUCGAGGUCGAGGUCGAGGAAGGUCUUCGAAAUACAGGCAGUGCCGCCGGGACGCAAAAUGUGUAUUGGUUCAGGAAGAACAUCGGUGCAGGCCGGGCAGUAGACAUGCUCGCAAGGAGGAUGUCUAUUAGCACGGCUGAUCCGCUUCAGCUAGUCAAGGUCACGGGCGAGGAUAUCUCCCCUCUGCGAAACGACGCGCCCCUCGCUGGCCAGGUCGAGGACGCAAGCGUCCUCCGUCUGGCAAGGCGCGUUUAGGGAGGCUAACGAGCUUCAACUUCGAGUCUCAGUGUGCGUACUGCAGGAUUCGGAUGAGCCUCAUUCGCUGCCACAGACAGUAGUCCUCGACAUCGCUGAGGGAGGAAAGCGGAGCCCCGUGGUCUGUAUGAUAGAAGAGGAGCCCGUGUCACCGGAGCAACAUACCGUCGUCGACUUCGAUGUGUGUACUGAUGGGGAAGUCAAUUAUGCUUAUCAUACCGAGACAAGGGUUUGGUAUGCCACGGCGUGGUGCUGGGUAACUUACCGGGUUCGAACGCAGGGCGCCGAUUAUGAAGGACCUGUGCAGCCAUAUAUGCACGAAUAGGAAGCGUCUGGUUAUGCAUAACUCGGAGGCUUUUAUGACCUGCUUCCGCUGACGGUGAUCUCUACAAACUGCAU